UAUGCAAAAUUCGUUAUGCUACGCCCACCGGAAGUACUUGCAGACUUGUGGUACUAUACUAGACCCAAUACUUCUGUCUCUGCUACGUACCGGUACAAUACCGAUACCUUUAAAACAUCUAAAAUACUGGAAUAUGAAUGUGAAACUUAACUCUGGGAUUUGAAUAAAGGUUUUUUGGUAUGUGGUAUCGUUUGAAAUGUCAGACAAAGCAGUUGUACCAGGCAAUUAUAAAGGUUGGUUGUGGAAGUGGACAAAUUAUGUCAAAGGUUAUCAGAAGAGAUGGUUCGUACUUUCAAAUGGACUGCUGUCCUAUUACAAGUCUCAAGCAGAAGUGUCUGUAGCAUGUAGAGGUACAGUCAUUUUAGCUGGAGCUUCUAUUGUUACUGAAGAUUCGUGCCAUUUCACAAUUUCAAAUGGAAGUGCACAUCGUUAUCAUUUGAAGGCUGGUUCAGAAAUAGAACGCCAAAGGUGGAUAACGGCAUUAGAACUAGCAAAGACAUUAUCAACUCAAAUGCUGGAUUCAGUUGUUCCUCUUUCAUCAGAAGAAUCUUCGGACGGGGAAUCGACAUCUCCUACAUUCAGAAAAGGAUCUGUUGAUGUUUCACAUAGUGAUAGCAAAAAAAGGGAAUUUGCCUAUAUUUCUCGACAUGAUCAGUUAUCGGAAAGUGAGAAACAUGAGAUCAGAGCGACUCUCACACCACUAGAAGUGAAGUUAGCAGAUCUUGAAACAUGCAAUAAUUUGAUUGGAAAACAUGGAACUACGCUUUUAUCAGCAUUGGCAGACUUGGAAAUUGUUGAAAAACAACUGUCUAAUAAUCCCAAAUCUAGCAGUGGAGGACAGAAUGUUGGAAUAGCAAAAUUAAAAGUUGUCAACGAACGGGCUAUGCUAUUUCGUAUAACAUCAUCAGCUAUGAUUAGUGCAUGCACUGAAUUUCUUCAAGUUGCCAAGACACAAAGUAAAAAGUGGCAAAAAAUGUUGACGCAUGAAAAAGAGCAAAGAUUGAGACUUGAAGAAACUGUUGAAACUUUGGCAAAACAGCACAAUAGUCUUGAACGAGCAUUGAAUGCAGCAACUGGUCCCCCUCGAUCAUCUCAACAAACAAUAAAACAAAAUAAUGAUGGUGAUGUUACAUUACAAUCUUCAGCUGAGAGACAGGUCGAGCCACAAAUAAUAAGACCUUUGAAUACACUUAAUGAUGAAUUGUCUGAUGAAGACGAUGAAUUUAUGGAUGCCUAUGAAGAUGCUUAUCCAGAAGAAAGUAGUCGGGAGGAAAGAACUGCUGAGGAAAAUCAGGAUAAAGGUUCGAUAUCAACAAGUAGUAGCCAUGAAUCUACGGAGUCUGUUGAAUCAGGAUCAGAGACAAAAGCUAGAAAAUUAUUAUUGAAAGCUGGCCACGGAGCUUCAUAUGGUGGUGUGAUUCAUCGUACAAGAAUUCCAUUCAAACCAAGCAAUAAACUAAAUUUAUGGAGUUUUAUGAAGAACUGUAUAGGAAGAGAUCUUUCAAAAAUUCCUAUGCCGGUCAACUUCAAUGAGCCGUUAUCAUUUUUGCAAAGAUUGUCUGAAGAUCUAGAAUAUAGUGAACUGCUGGACCGCGCUGCUAGAUGUACUGAUUCAUGCGAACAACUUGCUUAUGUUGCUGCUUUUUCUGUAUCAUCCUAUUCUACAACUCUUUUUAGAAUCGGUAAACCUUUCAAUCCUCUAUUAGGAGAAACUUAUGAAUUUGACAGUCUUGAUGAACAUGGUUAUAGACUGCUUGCUGAACAGGUCAGUCAUCACCCACCAUCAGCAGCUUGUUAUGCUGAAACGACAAAAUCAGUUGAUCAUGGAGGUUGGUCUUUCUGGGAACAAAUCACUUUAGUCAGUAAAUUUAGGGGAAAGUAUAUCAGUUUUACACCAAUUGGGACAUGUCAUGUUAAGUUCCACAAAACUGGACAUCACUACACAUGGAAUAAAGCUACUAUUACAAUACAUAAUAUCAUUGUUGGAAAGUUGUGGGUUGAUCAGAGUGGUGAAUCAAACAUUGUCAAUCAUGUUACUGAUGAUAAGUGCAAGAUAACGUUCUUUCCAUACAGUUAUUUUUCAAGGGAUACACCACGAAAGAUAUCUGGCUUUGUGAUAGACAAAGAUGGCAAUGAACGUUUUCAAGUAUUUGGAACAUGGGAUGCAUCUGUGAAAUGUAAAAAAGUCGAUAAAGCUACUCCGAAAAGUCAACAAAAUGUCACUUUAUUGUGGCAAAAAUAUCCCCUGCCUCUUCUUGCUGAAAAAAUGUAUUAUUUUACGAAACUUGCACUUAUACUGAAUGAAUGGGUUGAUGGAACUGCUCCGACAGAUUCUAGGAGGAGACCAGAUCAGAGAAAGAUGGAGGAAGCAGCAUGGGAUGAAUCUAACAAGAUUAAACUUGAAUUGGAGGAAAAACAGAGAUGCCGAAGAAAAUUGCGGGAGAUGGAUGAGGCAAAAAAGAAAGAGGAGGGUGUUCCUGUAGUACCUUAUCGACCGAGAUGGUUCAAGAAAACACAGUGCCCUCUGAUGGAUGAAGAUGCUUUUGUCUUCACACAUGAAUACUGGGAAGCGAAGAAAAGACAAGACUGGGGACAAACAGUGAAUAUUUUUGAUCUUGAUUCUGAGAAACCUGAAACACAGUCAACUUCAACCGCUGAUACAUCCACUGUAUUGGGGGAUUUACCAAAAUCAGCGAGUGAGGGUCAGUUGACACCGUAUUUUGUGAAACAACCUGUCGAUCCUCCACAAAGUUCUGUUGUUUCUUGAUUUUUCAUUGUCUGUAAUGUGGAAUGCUAAGUCAUGACGAAAUGACUUCGAAAGUAUGUGUGUUGAAUUAUUAUGUGAUGGACAUGUGGACAGUGCAAUUAUAAAUGUCUAUUCUAUUUAACAUCAUUUUUUUUCUGUUAUGUCAAUACACUGGAAUUAUAUAUCAGAAAUAAUAUAUUUAGGUUGUUCAGUAAUAAGAUAUUCUGGUUCAUGGUGUCAAGAUAUACAUACAAUAAUAAAAUUUUCUUGUAAAUUGUAGGUUUUAUGCUAUCCAGGUUUUUUUUUUAUUCUUACAAGGCAAAAAUCUGAUUAGCUUUGCUGUAUUAAUUGCUAUAAGGAGCUUUCUUGCAGCUGCACAAUAUUUGGUCCAGGAGAUGGGUGCGGUGAAUAAGUUGUUGACAGAAAUUUAAAAAAUAAAUCUUGUUGUGCAAUA